GACAGUUGCUUUUAAAGCUUUUUAAGUAUGGCCGAGGAUUUAGACAAGCCUUUGCUGGAUCCUAAUACUUUCAACAGAAAAGGAGUUGACUUGGGUAUAUCGCUAUUGGAGGAGGUUUUUGAAUACCUAAGAACAUCUCCUCAAGGGCUUUUAUCUGGAGAUGCUGAAGAGAGAUUGAAGAUAUUUGGUCCUAACAGACUUGAAGAGAAACAGGUUUUAUGCGGAAUCCAUUGUCAUGGGUUAUGGAAGCUGCAGCAUUGAUGGCCAUCACCCUCGCUAAUAGUGAAAGACUGGGUCCUGACUGGAAAGACUUUGUUGGAAUUGUUUGCCUUUUCUGAUCGACGCAACAAUCAGUUUCUUCGAAGAAAACAAUGCUGGCAAUGCUGCUGCUGCUCUUAUGGCUCGCUUGGCUCUAAAAACAAGAGUACUUAGAGAUGGACAGUGGCAAGAGCAAGAUGCAUCUAUCUUGGUAUCUGGUGAUAUAAUUAGCAUAAAGCUUGGGGAUAUCAUUCCUGCAGAUGCUCGUCUUCUUGAAGGAGACCCCUUGAAGAUUGAUCAGUCAGUGCUGACUGGAGAAUCACUACCUGUGACCAAGAAGAAGAGUGAGCAAGUCUUUUCUGGUUCUACUUGUAAACAAGGUGAAAUAGAAGCUGCUGUGAUAGCAACUGGAGCGAGCACCUUCUUUGGAAAAACAGCACGCUUGGUGGACAGCACAGAUGUAACCGGACAAUUUCAGCAGGUUCUUACAGCAAUAGGAAACUUCUGCAUUUGCUGUAUUGCUGUUGGAAUGGUUCUUGAAAUCAUUGUCAUGUUCCCUGUACAACAUCGUUCCUACAGAGUUGGGAUCAAUAACCUUCUUGUACUACUGAUUGGAGUGAUACCCAUUGCCAUGCCUACUGUACUAUCAGUCACACUUGCCAUUGGAUCUCACCGACUUUCUCAACAGGAUACAUAUGGUUGAAUGAAAUGAAACCACUAAACGUCUUUUGAGUGACUCGCUGCAUAUAUGAUUGCAUUACACCCGCCAGGCACGCACCACUAAAGUCGAAAUAAAGCUUAGAAAGUAUCCACUGGCAAUCCCCAAAAGAAAUGUUUUGUCAAACUCAUCAUCCUUUACCGUGGUUGUAGCAGUAGUAGGUGUGCAGGGGUUCAGCAGUACACCACCG